AUGAAGCGCUGGUUAACACAGAUUAGAGACAACAAACAGAAGCCAACUGAUCAUGCAGCAGCAGACUCAGAGAACAGCGGGGGUCCGCCUUCCACAUCUGAGGCGGGAGGAGGAGCCCAUAAACUGCUGCGCAAGGCGCAGCUGAAUCAGCCUUCGCCUAAAUUUUGCAGGUAUCGAGAGGAAUAUAUCCAGUAUGGAUUUACGUGCACUGUUAUAAACGAAAUACAAUACCCCCAAUGUGUAUUGUGCACUGAGUUGCUUGCAAAUGAGAGCUUUAAGCCUGCAAAAAUGCUCCGACAUUUGAAGACUAAGCACUCCUCAUUUGCAGCUAAACCAGCAGACUUCUUCCGUCGAAAAGAGAGAGCAUUUCAAAGCCAAAAGAAAGUUAUGACCAACCAGAAAACAAUCUCUGCAAAAGCUCAAAAGGCAUCAUAUGAGGUGGCAUAUUUAAUUGCACAGGCAAAAAAACCGCACACAAUUGGAGAGAUCCUAAUAAAACCUGCUGCCAUCGCAAUGAGCCAAAUAAUGCAUGGGGAUAAACAAGCCCAGGAGCUGAAAGCGGUCCCGCUGUCUGAUGGGACAAUAUCCCGGCGCAUCACAGAGAUGGCGCAGGACAUCAAGUGUCAGUUGAUUGACAGAGUCAAGAGAGGAAAAUACGCUUUGCAGUUAGAUGAAUCCAUAGAUGUCGCAAACUCUGCACAGCUGCUCGUUUUUGUCAGAUACAGUUUUGAUGGAAAACUUCACGAGGACAUGCUGUUUUGCACCACACUGUCAGCAAAGUGCACAGGUGAGGACAUUUUCACAGAAAUUGAUCAAAAACUGAAAGAGGAGGGGCUGUCUUGGGAUGAAUGCAUCAGUGUGUGCACAGAUGGUGCUGCAGCAAUGCUGGGGAAAAAUAAAGGACUUAAAGCAAGAGUUGUACAAGUGGCCCCACACAUAAACUUUACGCACUGCAUUAUCCACAGAGAAGUUCUGGCGAGUAAAUCGCUAGACCCAGAGCUUAAAACGGUGCUUGAGAGUGCAACAAAAAUUGUCAACCACAUAAAAUCCCGUCCUCUGAACACAAGACUGUUUGCUGCUCUCUGCAACGAAAUGGGAUCAGAGCAUCAAAGUCUGCUUUUCCACACAGAAGUCAGGUGGCUGUCACGGGGAAACGUUCUCAGGCGCUUGUUUGAGCUGCGGGAUGAGGUGCGCCUAUUUUUGUUGGAGCACGGAUCUCACCUUGCUGCCCAUCUGACUGAUCCUGACUGGUUAACAAGGCUAGCAUACUUGGCUUGCAUAUUUGACAAGCUGAAUGGGUUAAACACAUCACUACAAGUUGAAAACGCAAACAUCAUGUCACUGAAUGACAAAAUUAAUGCAUUCAAAAGGAAACUGGAUCGGUGGUCUGCACGAGUAAAAACGGGCUGUUUUGACAUGUUUCCUGAACUGGAGGAGUUCAUGGAGGAAAAUGAUUUGUGUGUUAACACCGUUAAGGGGUAUAUCACCAUGCACCUUCAAACCCUCUUGGAUCACUUUAUCAAGUUUUUUCCUGAGGAAACAGCUCCAGAAAAAUAUGACUGGAUAAGAUCCCCAUUCACCGUAACAAGCACACAUCAUUUGUCAUACGACAUUGAGGACGCACUGGUUGAACUGUCAAGUGACCGCACCUUAAAGAGUGCUUUUAACUCAAAGAUGCUUGCUGAGUUCUGGAUUUCAGUUGAGAGAGAAUAUCCACAGCUUUCUAAGGCUGCGAUUGACAUUCUGAUGCCGUUUGGCUCCACAUACCUUGAACUCAGUCGGCAAAGAAGCUGGAGAGCUGGAACUGAGGGGAUGAGAAACCCAGGUGUGUUGCUUUUGGGGGUCAGAACAAGUGUUAGCGUGGUGACGUGUGGGGCGGUUCAGGAAAGAUUUCGCAUUGAAAUCAUUCACAAUAACAUCUCAGAUGAUGUCUCUGAGGAGGAACAUCUAAAUGACCAAAGACGGAGAAUGAAGACCGUUUUGCGGAAGAACUGA